GCGUGUAUUGUGUCAACUAUUUGAACACAAUCGAAUGUAACCAAGUGGCAUUAGUGUGUAAUUUUGGAAUUUACAUUUUAUUAUUAAUUAAUUCUAAAUCAAAAUUUCUAAUGGAUCCUGCCACUAUUGUUGACCAUGUUCGUCGAGAAAAAACAUUAGUUCUUGAUGAAUUAAAUUCGUUGUGUGAUCACCAGGAUAAAUUACUUUCAAGAAUUGAUGAAAUUUUCAUCAAGAUUGAAGAAAUCAAAAAAUUGGUUCAUCAAUAUGCACCUACAAUGAUUGCCUAUGAUUUACGUUCUUGUAAUGAUAUAAUCAAAGAACUUGAAAUAGCUAUACAAAAAUAUCGUUCGACAAAUGUGCCGAAUAAAUCGUUUAAAUUUUCAUUUGAUGUUAGAAAAAAACCAGCAAACAAACCGGUGAAUUCGGCCAAAACAGUGGAUUCAUCUUCAAUGAUUAUUCAACAAGCAUUUGAUGUUCCUGGAUUCAAAAAUCGAUCAAAUGAAAACCUAAUGUUGGAUAAACCAGAAGAAACAGAUGGAAAAGAUAUUGUUAUCGAUUCAAUGGACAAUUGUCAAAUACGAAUAUAUGGAGUUCCAAGCUCAUUACGAUUGAUUUGUCUUCGGAACUGUCAAAUCUAUACGGGACCAAUUCAAACAUCAGUAUACAUAGAAAAAUGUCAGGAUUGUCGAUUCGAAAUUAUUGCUCAACAGAUACGAAUACAUGAAACGGAAAAAUGUGAUUUUUAUUUCCAUGUAACAAGCCGUACAAUAAUUGAAAAUUCAUUCAAUUUACGAUUUGGCCCAUAUCAAUGGUCAUAUGAACAAUUAGAUAAUGAUUACAAACGCGCUGGUAUAGAUCCUCAAUUGAACAAUUGGAAUUGUAUAGAUGAUUUUAAUUGUGUACAGAAUCCAUCACCCAAUUGGUCAUUAAUAGCACCAUUGAAAUGAUUUAAAAUGUGAUUUGACAUGAGAUUUAAAAAAAAAGAAAAAAAAAUUUACAUCAUGAUGAAAUGAUUUCAUUUGUUGGUUUGGUUACUUUUUCUCAAUAAAUAGGUUUUGUCUUUGUUCA